AUGUCACGACCAGAACCCAAAGUCAUCCAUAUAGGGGUGAAUGCUCAGCUGAAAUACGAAUCAACCAGAACAGUCGCAAGGUCAUUCAGAAAGUCAUCUCUAGAUUUCCGUUACGUACGGGCCUUAGAUUCCCCGUUCUUCAUCUCUACCAAUGUCGGUUCUUUCUCAUCUCAAGACAAAUACUGUGAGGAAAACAAUGGCCGACUGGUAACCAUAGGUACCCAGGGCAAAUAUGACCGGAUUAUGGAACUUGACGGACAAAACCACGACAACGCCAUAUCGUCUGACAAACUUUUUAUUGGUCUGAUAUCCACGAGCACGGACUGUUCGUACUAUCAAUGGUCUAGUGGUCAAACAAUGGCGUGGAGUAAAUGGGACUUGGAAGAGCGAGAACCUAAUAACUGCAUGACCGAGCGAUGUGUCGCACUUAUCUUCGGAUUUUUCAGGACAAUAACUUGCCACGUGGAACUGAAAGUCCUCUGUGAGUUAGGUUACUACUCACCAAGCUCCAAUCUCUUUUUCAAUCCAUCGUCAACAAACUGGAUGAAUAGCGUCAUGUACUGUUCCAUGAUUGGGGGACGUCUUAUUGUUCUCGAAGAUGAACAAAAAAUGCAACAAACCAUGCGGGAAUUACAGAAUAUUCAGAAAUGGUAUACACAAUUGAUAUACAGCAUUGUUAUGGAGAAUCGGUUUAUCAUGUUAUGCUCUAUAUUGUAG